AUGAAUUCAGAUGGAUUUAAUUGCAAUAAUGUACAUUCGAAAAUUUCCGGAGGAGGAGCUACAGAUAUCAGACUUGUUAAAACCGCAAAUUGGUUUGAUUUUGAUUCAUUGAAAAGCAGAAUUAUGGUAGCUGCAGGUGCUGGAUCAGGAGAAAGGAUUUGUGGUGGAGAUGGUGGGGGUUUAAAUGGUCUUUCAACCAGUCAAUUAAUUUCGACUGAUAUAAACAGCCAAUUAAAUGCAACAACUGGAGCAACCCAAACUUCAGGAGGUAUUUUUGGGUGUGAUGUUCAUUUCCAUAUAUGUGGAUAUUCAGGACAGUUUGGGAUUGGUGGAUCUGGAAAUAAUUAUGAAGAUAGCGGCCCAAGUGGAGGUGGAGGUUAUUACGGAGGUGGUGGAAUGGCCUGGGCAGGAAGUGCUAGUGGAGGUUCCAGUUUUAUUAGCGGUCAUCGAUUAUGUAAUGCAAUUUCCAAGUAUUCUACGGCAAGUCGAAUAUAUCAUACUGGAAAUCCGAAACAUUACUCAGGUAAGUACUUUACUGAUACAACUAUGAUUGAUGGACAACAUCGAAUGCCUUCACCAAAUCUUAACUCUUAUGAGAUUGGUCAUCAAGGGAAUGGAUAUGCUAUAAUCACAUAUAUCGCAAAGAAUGUGGUUUGUUCAUGUCGAGUUUAUAAUUUUCGAAUUAAUUUAUUUAUAUUUACUAAUCAUUAUAUGACACUUGGCUUUUAG